AAUGGAAAAGCAAAAACCCUUUAAAUUGUUUGUGCCACCGAGAUUAAACAGUAGUCAGGUGUCUGCAGUGAAACCGCAGACCUUGGGAGGAGAUGCUAAUUUCUUCAAGAACUUCAGCAGAUGUAUUGAAGAUGACUUUAGGUUGCCAUUUGCACUGACCAAUCUGUCAAAAAAUGGGGAAAACAUUGGUUCAGAUCCAACUUUACAAAAAGUUAACUUUUUACCCAUGCUUGAGCAGGUUGAUAAUUCUGAAAAUUGUCAUUACCCGGAAGGACUAAAAGAUUUGGAUUCUGAGGGUUCAGAGCCAAUGAGUAGACUGUAUUCAAAGUUAUAUAAGGAGGCUGAAAAGAUCAAGAAAUGGAAAGUGAAUGUAGAAUCUGAACUGAAACAGAAAGAAAAUAAGUUGCAAGAAAAUAGAAAAACAAUUGAAGCACAGCGAAAAGCCAUUCAGGAGCUACAGUUUGAAAAUGAAAAAGUUAGUUUGAAAUUAGAAGAAGGAAUUCAAGAGAAUAAAGAUUUAAUAAAAGAGAAUAAUGCUACGAGGCAUUUGUGCAAUUUACUCAAAGAAACCUGUGCUAGAUCUACAGAACAGACAAAAAAAUAUGAAUUUGAACGGGAAGAAACUAGGCAAGUUUAUUUGGAUCUAAAUAAUAACAUUGAGAAAAUGAUAAUAGCUUUUGAAGAACUUCGUGUACAAGCAGAAAAUUCCAGACUGGAAAUGCAUUUUAAGUUGAAAGAAGACUAUGAAAAAAUGCAACACCUUCAAGAAGACUACAAAAAAGAAAUAAAUGACAAGGAAAAUCAGGUGUCACUACUAUUGAUCCAAAGCACUGAGAAAGAAAAUAAGAUGAAAGAGUUAACUUUCCUCUUGCAAGAAUCCAGAGAUAAAGUUAAUCAAUUAGAGGAAAAAACAAAAUUACAGAAUGAAAACUUAAAAGAAUCAAUUAAGAAACAGGAUUGUUUGUCAUCAGAACUAGAAGAUGUUAAAGUGUCUUUGGAAAAAAGCCUGAGUAACCAGAAAGUUUUAGAGGAAAAUUUACAGAGAUCAAGCCAAACAAUCUCUCAGCUCACUGGGGAAAAAGCAGCUCAGAUGGAAGAAUUCAAUAAUGCUGAAACGGCUCAUUCAUUUAUGAUUACAGAAUUUAAAACUACUAUCUGCAACAUGAAAGAAUUAUUGGCAACAGAACAACAAAGAUUGGAAAGAAAAGAAGAUCAAUUGAAAGUACUUAACAUGGAGCUUGAGAAGAAAUCAACGGAAUUGGAAGAGAUGACUGAAUUUAAAAAUAACAUAAAAGUUGAACUUGAAGAACUGAGAAAAGUGUUGGCAGAAAACCAAAAGCUUUUAGAUGAUAAGAAACAAUUUGAGGAGAUGGCUGAAGAAUUAAAAGGAACAAAACAAGAAUUAAGUGUUCGUCUUCAAAUCAGAGAGAAAGAAGUACAUGAUUUGGAAAUACAAUUGAAUACUUUUGCGACAAGUGAAAAACAUUAUAUAAAGCAGGUUAAAGAUCUCAACACUGAACUUGAAAAUGAGAAGCUAAAGAAUUCUCAACUAACUGCAAGUUGUGAUAAGCUUUCAUUGGAGAACAAAGAGCUAACACAAGAAACAAGUGAUGUGACCCUACAACUCAAAAAACUGCAAGAAGAUAUUAAUAAUAACAAAAAGCAAGAAGAAAAGAUGUUGAAACAAAUAGAAAAUUUGGAAGAAACAGAAAUACGAUUAAGGGAAGAAUUAGAGUCUGUAAGAGAAGAGCUCAAAAAGAAAAGAGAUGAAGUUAAAUGUAAAUUGGACAAGAGUGAAGAAAAUUGUAACAACUUAAGGAAGCAAAUUGAAAAUAAAAACAAGCAUGUUGAAGAACUCCAGCAGGAGAAUAAAACCUUAAAAAGAAAGAGUACAGCAGAAAGCAAGCAACUGAAUGUUUAUGAGAUAAAGGUCAGUAAAUUGGAGUUAGAACUGGAAAAUGCCAAACAAAAAUUUGAAGAAAUGACUGAGAGCUACCAGAAAGAAAUUGAGGAUAAAAGGACAUCAGAAGAAAAUCUUUUGGGAGAGGUUGAGAAAGCAAAUAUAAUAGCUGAUGAAGCAGUUAAGUUACAGAAAGAAAUUGAUAUGCGAUGUCAGCAUAAAAUAGCUGAAAUGGUAGCACUUAUGGAAAAACACAAGCACCAAUAUGAUAAAAUUGUUGAAGAAAGAGACUCAGAAUUAGGACUUUAUAAAAGCAAAGAACAAGAGCAAUCAUCAGUGAAAGCUUCUUUGGAAAUUGAGCUAUCUAACCUAAAAAAUGAACUUUCAUCCAUUAAGAAGGAACUUGAACUAGAAAGAGAAGAAAAAGAAAAACUCAAAAGAGAAGCAAAAGAAAACACAGUUAUUCUUAAAGAAAAAAAGGACAAGAGAACACAGACAUCUUUGGUGGAAACAACUGAAACUAGUUCUCAGAAACUGUAUUCUAAAGCAACUCCUUUACAAAAUAUAUCUAAAACUUUUACAUCAACUGAUAGUGGCAAAUCUAAAGAGAAAAGAGAUUCUUUAUGGACAUCUACUGCAUCAGCUGAUCGUGACAAAUCAAAAGCGAAAAGAGAUUAUUUAUGGACAUCUACAAAAAGUGUUUUAUCUACACCAUUUCCAAAGGCCUAUACUGUGAAGACACCACCAAAUGCAAAAAUGCAACCAAAGGAAAAACAGAAUUUAUCCAUUGAAGACAAUAAUAAGAAGAGGAAAAUGGUCUUUGAAUUUGAUGUUAAUUCAGAUAGUUCAGAAACAGUUGAUAUCUUGAGCAUGGUUACAGAGGAAGAAAAUGUAAAAAAGCAGUACAAACAUAAUUGUCCUGUUUCCCAGCUUCGUGUUACAACACCAAAACAGACAUAUUCAACUCUAAGAACUCCUGGGUCUACAGUGAAGUUUGGAGCUAUGCAAAAAAUUCAAGAUGACCGUUGGGCUGCAGUUAUGGAUAGAAAAAAGAAAGUAAAAGAAGCAAAAAACCUGUUUGUUUAA